UGUCCGAACUGCAGCAAUGCGCUCACGAUUUCUCGAGGAGAGGCGGCCGGUGGACUGAAUCGCUUCGAAUGCCGUGCAUGCCCAUACCAAUACGCGAUUGACAUUUCGUGGUUUGAACAACGAACGUUGAAGCAAAAGGAGGUCGAGCCGGUCUUUGGCGGGAAGAAGAGCCAUGAAAAUGUAGACAGCAUGGAAGGUGGGUUUUUGCUAUACACUCUAGUCAUCGAGGACUCGGAAUAUGCUGACACUCGACAAAACAGCGCAAUGUCCGUCGGAAACGUGCAACGGCGAUCGGGCGUAUUUCUUUCAGCUUCAAAUUCGCAGUGCGGACGAGCCGAUGACUACAUUCUUGGAGUGUACGACGUGCAAGAAGACCUGGCGAGACUGAGGGCUCUGGGUGGUGUUAGUUGA